AUGUCCCUGGCGGGGCAGCGGCGGCAGGAGGAAGAGGAGGGGGAAGGGGAAGAAGGGGAUGGGGCCGGCGAGAGGGAGGAGGUGGUGCAGAUCCGGUUGGGGGACAAGUGCUACCCGGUGUGCAAGAGGAAGCUGAUCGAGCAGAGUGACUAUUUCCGAGCCCUCUACCGCUCGGGCAUGCGGGAGGCAGGGCAGGGCCAGGAGCAGCUGCUGCGCGGGGGGCUGAGCGCUCUGGGGCUGGAGCUGGUGCUGGACUUCAUCAACACCUCCUGCCUGGCCAGGCUGGAGCAGGAGGAGGGGGGCGAUGAGGAGCCCCCUUUGCUGGAGGAGCUGGUGGAGGCCGCUUCCUACCUGCAGGUCACCCCUUUGCUCCGCCUGCUCCUCUCCCAGGUGAGGCUGGGCAACUGCUUCGAGCUGCACCGCCUGGCUCAAGUCUACGGUCUCCAGGACUUACACGAUGCCUGUCUAGACUUCAUGGCCACCCAUUACCACCAGGUGCUGCGGAGGCCCGAUGCCCGGCCACAUCUCCUCCUGCCCCAUGCUCUCCAGGAGCAGUUGAAGGAGAGGCGGAUGAGAGGCACCGCCACCCUCGUGGCCAUUGGGGACUUCAUGGGUGCCUCCACUCUGGGCUUGCCUCCUGGCUGUCACCCUCAGGUGGAAGCCCCCUGGUCUAUGCUGAGGUAUGAUGAGGAAGCAGAGAGGUGGUUGCCCAUGGCCAGCAAACUGCCCCCUGAUCUGGUUAAUGUCCGAGGCUACGGGUCGGCGAUGCUGGACAACUACCUGUUCAUCGUUGGGGGCUACAGGAUCACCAGCCAGGAGAUCUCGGCUGCCCAUUGUUACAACCCUUGCCUAAAUGAAUGGAGUCAACUGGCUUCAAUGAACCAGAAGAGGUCCAAUUUUAAGCUCUUGGCUGUAAAUGGAAAGCUCUAUGCCAUUGGUGGUCAAUCCCUUUCCAAUGUGGAGUGCUAUAACCCAGAAAAUGACUGGUGGAAUUUCGUAGCAUCCAUGCCAAACCCUCUUGCAGAAUUCUCAGCUUGUGAAUGCAAGGGCAAGAUCUACGUCAUUGGAGGAUACACUACACGAGAUAGGAAUAUGAGCAUUUUGCAGUACUGUCCCACUUCUGAUUCCUGGACCAACUUUGAACUUUGUGAUGUCCAUGUUCGCAAACAACAGAUGCUCUCUGUUGAAGAAACUAUAUAUCUGGUAGGGGGUUGUAUUCAUGAACUUGGACCAAACCAAAAAUCCAACCAAAGUGAGGAUGUGUUGACUGUGCAGUCUUACAAUAUUGCUACCAAAGAAUGGCUCUACCUCAAAGAGAACACUUCAAAAUCUGGUCUGAACUUGACUUGCACUCUCCACAAUGAUGGAGUUUAUAUACUGAGUAGGGAUAUUACUCUAUCUACAAGCUUGGAGCACCGUGUUUUUCUGAAGUAUAAUAUAUUUACGGACAGUUGGGAGUCACUAAGACGCUUUCCAACCUUUGGACAAAACAUGCUGAUCUGUUCUAUGUAUUUGCCUGAUCUGAGAGAAGUGUAACAGCAUUGGGUUUUUCUUUUCAGCUCAUUAAUCAUUCUUGGAAGAAAUAUUGCUCCCUCUAAAUAAUCCAGUUUUCAGAAUGUAGUGUGGUUGUGUAACGUAGGCAUAAAAUACUGAUUCUGUUCUUUCAAAAAGUUGCAAAAUCCAACAUCAAGACCAAUGCUUCCAGAAGCAGUUUUAAGAUUUCAUUUAAAAAUUUUUAUUGGUUUGGAUUAAAAUUUCACCAGGUAUUGUUUGCAAUUUAAACAUUAAAAUUAUUCUGUUGGUAACUGGUAAAGGAAUUCCAAAGGCAAAACCCAUCAGUCUAGUUUUAUUCAUUUUAAUAGUAUAGAAGAUGAGCAAGAAGUAUACAUGGUGAAAGUGGAAGUAAUUCAAUGAAGUAAACAGUAAGUAUAAUAAAAAUCACAAAGCAAUGAUUUAUUUUAAAAUAUGGUUUUUACUCAAACUGUGUUCUGUCUAAUGCACAUUACUUAAAAUUGUGUGUACUACCAUUUUUAAAUCUCAUAUAUGGUAACAAGUGAAUUUCUCAAAGGUGCUGGCAAUUGGGUCACCAUCAAGAAAUAAGAACUUUCCCAGAAUGAUUUGUGGUGCUUUGUCAGGGACUGGGAGUAAUUGUCUAGAGGCUUACAGUUGCUGGUUGGAUACUAGAUGCUCCUUUAAUGGAAGUUGGCAGCAUUUAUUGCUACCAUAGGUGGAGGUAAAAAAGGCUCUAAAUUCAAGUGGAGAAAUUUGCUUAUCCUCAGAAAGAUUUUAGGUUUUGGUUAUCUUGUAUUCUGUAGCAUCGAGUGUUAAAGAUCAAACUAUAGUUGGCAACAAGCUGUAUGCUAGGAAAAUGUGCAUGAGCAUAUGGAAUGGUGAUUCUGCACCAGGUGCAUCCUGCUUUAUAACAGUCAUCUAGGACAUCCAUCAUUUGGUAUGGAAGGGUUGAUUUGUGUAAAUGACUACCUGCCAACACGACCCAAAGCAGCUGCACGUGAACAUUGUCUCUAUCUUGUGUUUUCGGGAGCUCAAUAGAAAUUACCUCAAGUUCGCCACCCAAAAUUAUUAGUCUCUAUAAGAGCACUGUAAGAUGGUCACCAUGAAUAGUCCUUCGUGGGGAUUCAGGAACAGAUACUCUGGCAGUUUCUCCCAGUUCCUGCCUAUUGCAUGAGAGAAUUAUAGUCAUGAUUGGCCCCGUUUCUUUUUGUAGCUGACAAGUUCAUAAGCGUCUUCUGAAGGUACCCACACAGGUAUGGAAUGUGUGGCCUUGUGACAAGAAGGUCUUGGUCAACAUGGGAGGGUUUCACUGCAGCUGCCUUUAGGGAAGAAAUUUUGAGAUUAGGCAUGUCCUGAACAUAUUGCAGGGAUGCUGGAUCUGUACCAGCUGUUCCUCCACAUGAGAAGACGAGAGAUUUAAUUCACCUGAACAGGUUCCUAAUAUAUGGGUAUGUCUUUGUUUUUUUCUGAAUCUUCUUUUGAAGACAGGUGCCUAUUGUAUAGAGGAGGAGGAGGCAGCAAUGGUUCCCUCAAGGUCCUUUUAACUCCCUACUUUUCUAUGAUUUUGAUUGAAAUCAGUGCUGACUAAAAGAGCUCUCAGACUUGAAGUGCCUGGCCAAUUACCUACUGCUCACACAUUUGGUGCUUAGGUGCAUAAUUUUGGUGCUUCCGAUCGUGCACAGCAACCCAAACAGAAAAUCCCAGGAAAUUAAUGCAGAAUGAGGGCAUUUGAGUUUGAACACUCUUAGGAUACAGGUGGACAUGAAACAAGGUAUUUUGGAUGUCCAAAAUUUACCUUUUGGGUAGAAUUUUUGUAGCCUGGUAGAGUACUUAAGCCCAAACUAGUGUCCACUGUUCAGCUAUAUGCAUGAAUUUAAUUAAGUCCAUGUCUGUGUGCUAGUAUUUAUUCCUUUGAAAACACAAUGCAUUGAUUAGCUGCUGUGUUUUGACAGAAGUAUCAGACUGAACAACGGCUGUCCUGAAAUGAAGAAAUAAAGUGACUUUCAUAAGAUUCUUCUUUCAGAAGCAUUUUGGAGUAAAUAUAGUAGUGUGUCUGUGUCUGGUGAUAAAUUAUCUCAGUCACAUUAUGUUACUCUCUUUCCUUCAUUUCUUUUCAGUUCCAGAUUCGGUACCCUACAGCUCAGAUCUCUGUGGGUGGAGGGAGUCACAUCUGAGUUGCAUUCUCUUGCCUAGCAAAUUAACAAUGAAAACCCAUCAUGCCUGGAUUUGCAGUGUGGUAUACCUAAUUAAGUCCUUCCAAACCCACUAACUUCUUAGCGCGGUCCUAAUUCUAAAAUCUAUGACAUAAUCUUUUAGGUGUUAUUACUCUUUUUCACAAGAGAACUUUCCACACUGGGUUUAUCUACAUGUUAGUUUCAGCUUCCAGUGAGCAGGUGACCACCUUGAAAAUCUGGAUAACCUGCUGAAAUGUAGAAGGGAAAGAUGGCUGAGACUGUAAAUACAGUCAGACCCUUUUGUCAAUCCAUGAUGCAAAUUCCUCAUAUACUGACAUCUGACAGUACUACAAUCACAAAUCAAAACUGGUGUUGAAUUUAGUGGUAACACUAGACUGUAAUAAUCUAAAUGGACUGUAUUGCUAUGUGCUGAAAUAAAUAUAUUUUUCUUAAACAAAA